CACGCACGCACCGCCAGACCUCACGUUCGUUCUCUUCCGUUGGGAUCACUCGCUGCAUCCGCUUAGGAGUAGUAGUUUACAAACCCGAAUUCCGCUGAAAGUAUCGGUUUUGACUGAUUGAUAUUUACACUGUCCAGUGCUUUCUAAUUUCAAUUCGUCGAGUGUUACAAAUGUGGGAAUCCUGUGCGUGUUUUAGAACGUUUUAGUUUCGCAUCGGUUGCAAGUUUGCUAUACUGAACGGCGCCCCGAAAACAAAACCGAUGACAGUUUGACACACGAAAGUCCAUUUGGUGUAAUGCCAUAGCAACAACCAAGAUUUAUAACUUGGCUCCGUUGUCUCUUAACGAGUCUGAAUACAUCGGUCAGUUUCCUGAAUGAUCUGUUUAACGGAGGAUUGUUAUCUAAAUUGCCUGGAUUCUAAACAUUAUGACAAGAGGAACAAUUGCUGUGAGACAUACCUCUUCUCUGACUGUUGACCUUUCGAGAGGACAAUACCUGUGAUGUGUGCCUGCGUGUGGUAACCGUCCUCCCUCCCGCUGCUGGUGUUUUUAAUUUCUGGAAUAUAAACACAAAAAAUAGUUACUUUUUUUAGCAAAGGCGUGACAAGAUGCCCGAACAGAGCAACGACUACAGGGUGGUGGUGUUCGGCGCCGGGGGCGUGGGCAAGUCCUCCCUCGUGCUGAGGUUCGUCAAGGGCACCUUCAGGGAGUCCUACAUACCCACCAUAGAGGACACCUACAGACAGGUGAUCAGCUGCAACAAGAACAUCUGCACCCUUCAGAUAACGGACACGACGGGUUCCCACCAGUUCCCGGCCAUGCAGCGGCUCUCCAUCAGCAAGGGCCACGCCUUCAUCCUCGUCUACUCCAUCACCAGCCGCCAGAGCCUGGAGGAGCUCCGCCCCAUCUGGGAGGUCAUCAGAGAGAUCAAGGGCAACGAGCACGAGAACCCCCUCAUGCUGGUGGGCAACAAGUGUGACGAGAGCGACGCCAGGGAGGUGCAGACCUCGUACGGGGAGGCACAGGCCAAAGCCUGGAAGUGUAACUUCAUGGAGACCUCGGCCAAGACGAACCACAACGUGAAGGAGCUCUUCCAGGAGCUGCUGAACAUGGAGAAGAACAGAAAUAUGUCGCUGCAGCUCGACGGCAAGAAGAACAAGUCCCAAAAGGGUACCAGAAAGAUAAAAGAGAAGUGUCUUCUCAUGUGAGUGGGAAAGCUGUUGGCCGCCUGCGCGUCCGUGUGUCUGUGUGGUUGCUGUAAGACUUCCUCUGACUGUGAUGAUCAAAUUGUCCUGUUGACGUGAAUGCCAAAAAUAAAAAAAAAACGUUUGUAACUGGUGCCACGGCCAGCAUUCGCCCCCCGUGGCCACUGUGGAACUGAAUCCUCUAUUGCGUAAUAUAUAAAUGGAUGGAGCUCACAAUGCGCUUCAUCGCACCAAGUGUAAAUGGGAGGCGGAUUGGUCAGUGAUACUGUCUUAUGUCACACACGAUGCAAAGAGAGCGGUCACAAACCUUUGUCUUGUUCACACAUACACACACAGAGUUCAACGUGUCAUAAUAUUCUCAGCACAAUGUUAAUGGCAAUAUCCAUGCAUAAUGUUAGGCUCCUCUGUUGUUGUGUAACUGGUUCCCCCCCCGGCUUUUGGCUGGCUGUGGGUUCGUUCAGCUGGAGGCCCGCCCGCCAUCAUUGUUGGGCGGGAUCCCCGGGAACAACAACUGCCUCACCAAAGUCACCAGCGAACCGGUCACACCACAGACGACCCACCAAAAUGACUUAUUUCUGCAAACGGGUCACCCUGGUGGUGAUUGUGUGUACCUGUUGGUUUAUAAAUAGAAUUGCUAGUCUUAUUACUCUUUCUUCCACAGGGACCAGAAGAUUACUUUGCACAGUUUCCCUGUAAUGUUAUAGGUCUUGUACUGUACAGUAUUGUCGACCCUGUAGCCUGUAACAGCAAGCGUGUUCUUUAAAGCUUCCGUUCGAAGUCCGAGAGUAUGUGAAGCUAUUCAUUCCAUCUCUGUCUGAUCCAACAAAGUCUAGUAUAUGAUAAAAAGAUUUUAACAUUCUAUGUCCGAGUUUAACGGGAAGCAUUUUAUUUGCUGUUCUUGUAAAUGAAUUUUUGCAUAAGGUUUCCUUUAUCGCAUUCCAAUGGCAACGAUAUUUAGCAUUCGUGGACAUUUUUUUUAUUGUAUAGAUAUAAACAUAGUUUCCUGUUUUAUUAAGGGAAGAAGAAUCCGUGAUAGAUAUUAGUUGUUUUUAGGUCCGAAAGAGAGCUUGCUGAAGCUGUCUUUCCGAAUCCCUCAAGCUUUUCUGAGCACUUCGAGUAGCAGAAUGUGAUCAUUAGACCAAUUCCUCCAGCAAUUCAAACAGUCACAUCAAAUUAGUCUCAUCUGCUGUGAGAAACUAUAAAAAAAAGAGAUGAAUACACAAUUUAGAUAUUUGGCAGAUCGAAAUCAAUAUGAAUUACCGUAUUUGUCAUUCACUACGAAGAAUUAUCAUACAAUUCUCCCAAGUUUUGUUACAGGAGAAUGCUUUCACGAAGUUACAAAAUUCAAAGUGUAAUCGGCAACUCUCCAUCUACUAUAUUCAGGUGCCAAUUAGUGGAAAAGACCUUUUUGGGGGUUUCCGACUCGUAGAGAUCUUUUUUAAACAUAUAAGAGUGAGAUCUUGUGAUUUUUAAACAUUUUUUGUGAGACCUCGUCUUUUGUAUCCAUAAUCUCAUACAGUUAGCCUGAUAAAAAUUAAGCAUGCUUUUUUUCAAAACCAAUAAACACCAGUUAGUUCACAACCGUUGGUGAGAUAAAAAUAAAAUAGUUUUUUUUUAUACAUGUAGUCGUGGAUCAUUAUGGGGGUUCGUUAAUUAAAGUUCUCAACUGUUCGAUGUUCACCUGAAAAACUGUCAUGGGAAUUAUUUUACCAAAGAAUCUCAAAAUGAAAAACUAAAAAAAGUAAAUUCUCAUACGUUCGUUUUGGUAUGGACCUGAGAAUGUCCACAAAAUAAUGAACACUGCAUUUCGUGAGAAAAUUCUUGCAUUAGGGAAAAUGUUUCUAUCCGACGAUAAACGCAUGAAAUUGUUAUUCACUGGGAAAAAUUAAUAAUAUAUUUCCUAAAGCGGAAAUCUAAAUCUAGAUUAAAGAGGUACGAAUCCUCAGUUCAUAAUUACGUAACUUUUGGGACUAGCUUUUGAAGACAUCGGGCUCAAAUAUCGAAUCUUUUGAAAGACGUCGUUAACAGUCGACUGAUGUAUAAAUAUUAAACAUUUAAUUUGAAAGGCUUAAUCAGAUAUUCCCAAAUUAGGCUGUCAUGUUGUCCGUUUCAUUCUGUAAAUAUAUGGGCACUUAUGGAUGCCCUGUUUUUACAUAUGCAUUGCAUAAUAUUACCUUUUUCAAUACUUUAUUUCCAGAGGUUGUGGAUAGAGAAGAUUGUGUGAGUCAAGCAGCCGAAUACGAGAGACCGUGUUUGUAUUUAAUCUCUCAGUGUUGUGUUGUAUAAUAUUAUCGUGGUCACUACAACAACAAACAAUACUUAAGUAUACAUAUGUAGACAUAAUAUUCCGUAAGUUUUUUUAUUAUUAUUAGCUUCAGCUGUCAAACUGAUGUAGACUGAGGGAUAAAAAAAGAUUUCCUUUUCCAGACAGACACAUUCCGUGCUUACGUAGAGAGGACGUACUACUAACUAACCAUUAAGAUCUGACAAAUUCCUUUGCUUUGUAUCUUAGAAUUGUGAUACCAUAGGACUGAUCAUGGUGUGUAUGUAUGCACGCUUUCUUUAUUUGUGUAUAAUAUCUUAACUACUAAGAUUCCUUUUUUUCAGGAAGAAGUAUUAUAAAAAACAAAAAGAAUCCUUUUUGAAAAUAUGUACUAGAAAACGUAGCGUAUCUGUAUGUAUCUGUGUAUAGACUCUCGUGUGUGUAUAUAUAUAGGUACGUACACGGUAUGCGCUCGUAUAUAUUUAUAUAUAUGUGGCAUUUGCCAUGACAAAAAAUCAAACGCGAAGCUCUCCAAUCUAAGAAAAUAUAAAACGAUAUAAUAAGAAAGAAAUCCCAGAAUCCCAGCAGUUUGUAUAGUACUAUAUAGGGUCAUACGUGACGAGGGCGAGUUCUAGUAGCCCGAAACCACAUUUCGAUCUUAGCUGACAACCCAGUAGAAUGUGCCCAAGGAGAUGCGGUUCCAUCGACUGUACCUACCCACCUUCGCCGUAACGCCUCAAAUCCCUGUUGAUAUGAGGAGUUAAAAAGCUCAUUUUAUUUUCAUUUUAAUUCAGAGAUAUUUCCCUUUCGUAUAAAAUCGACUUCAGUUUGCUAACGGGUCUUUAAACAUUAUUUUUUCCUUUUAUCCGUAUCCGUAAAACCUAAGGAAAUUAUAGUUUUUUUAAGUCUAUUUCAAACUGACUUUCACAUUCUUCUUUGAAGGUGGUUAACCCGUCUCGUGCUCCUGACCUGCGUCGAGGAAGCCAUAGAACAGGUCAUCUUUAAUUAGGUUAUUAACAGCCAUUAUUAUAUUUGGCUAUUAUAGGUAGCACCAGCACUGUGUCCGAUUAAGACAACAGCCAUCCCCUCCUCUUCCUCCCCCACCCUUACCCCUACCCGACUCCGAAGCACGGCCUUUGUUGGGCGUUGUUGAGGAAUAUACAGUUAAUUAUCUCCCAUGGUUCUUCCUGUUUCUCACACGCAUGCGCACGUGUGUUUGUGUGAAUAUAUAUAUAUAUAAAUAUAUUAUAAUAUAUAUUGACUUCAAAACAAAACUUAUGGUUGAUUUCGAUAGUCUCAUGUCAGAAUGGAACCCCUUACUUUGGGACCCUUUACCGAGCAUAAUGGAUAAUAGGGCCUUGUAUCGAGCAUAAUGGUAAUAGGGCCUCGUAUCGAGCAUAAUGUAUAAUAGGGCCUUGCACGGAGCAUAAUCACGACAAAACUCACGUCCAUUCCAAUCAGAAGGUGAUGAAGUGGCCGGACCUUCCCUUCUACGUUAUUCAUUCCUUUGAAGUGUUGCAGGAAGAAGGGCUUUGGCGUGUUGUCGUCGCACUCAGAAUUGUAGCUACUAAAUCCGUGUUCCGUAAUCGUCAGGAAAUUGAAAUUAAAAUGGUAGAUCUUUCAAAGCCACGCGGGCUUCCGCAGAUCGUCGUGAGAGCCUUUGGGUGACAUUCUCCAGCGGGAUCUCAGCUUCUCUUGAAUUGCUAGAGUUUAGUUCGCUACUUCUUCUUCUUAUUCUUCUUCUACCCCAGUCAUCCACGCAUAGAUACAAAAGACCUAGAGGAACAUCCGGAGCGUUUUAGGAUUUAGCAAUUCGUAUUAGCUUCGAUUCAGAUGUUUGUCAUAAAUUGCAUGUAACUUAGUCUAUUUAUACUGCCGAAUCCUUUGCGAGACAAUUUUAUAUCCAGAUGUGAGAGAGAGAGAGAGAAAGCGAUGAUUGGCGGUUGCGUGAUUAUCUGUUCAAGAAUUUCACAUAGAAGACCCCAGGCAGGACCUAAAAUCUUCUGGUGUUGGUAGAUAAUCACAACAAGCUUUAGAGAAAUCAGUCAGUUAAAUGCACUAUAGAAUAAUCUCUGUUCCAAGAUGCUCGGAUGUGGCAACGCUGCUCCAGUACAUCCGUGAUCGGUUGUGGCAACACUGUUCCAGCAUCCUCCUCCUCCUCCUUGCCAUAUGCUUGGAUGUUUUUAGCGUCCUUGCUUUCGCCCCCUAUUACUGCACUGCACCCAUGAUGGCAGCUGAAGUACUUCCACAGAGAGGAAAUUGGGAGCUGAAAACGUGGCCAAAAGCUUCGUCAGGCAGGUAACAGAUGUGGUCGUCUCUUCGCUGAUACCUACUAGACUCAUUUAGUGCUGACUUGCAAAGGGACUGAUGCCAAAUAGCAUUCUUCGUAUCGUUUCAGGUCAUUUCAUUCGUGCAAAAUAAUGUGUUGUGUUAUAUUUCACUUGUGUUUCUUAAAACAUCACUUUCGUAGCGUCAAAAGUUUUAUGUAAGAUUGACCUUAAAACUUACCUGUUUCGUUUCCAUCCGUCAAAUGUGGUCGUACGUAAUUACUUGUGCAGUUUUGGACAAAUUCGCAUCACGUCGAAGUUACUUUUGUGCAUGCGAGCUAAAAGUGUGAUUUGUUAACGCAAAGUAAGUUCGCAGAUUCCAAAAGAAUUGUCCAGCGCCUCAGCGGCGUGGUUGGUAUCGUAUUAGCGUCCCACCUCGGUGGUCGCGGGUUCGAUUCUCGGCCAUUCCAUUGAGGAGUGAGAGAUGUGUAUUUCUGGUGAUAGAAGUUCACUCUCGACGUGGUUCGGAAGUCACGUAAAGCCGUUGGUCCCGUUGCUGAAUAACCACUAGUUCCAUGCAACGUAAAAACGCCAUACAAACAAAAAACAAAACAAUUGUCCCAUAUUCGGAGUUUAGCCAGAGUGCAAAGGAAAUGUCUCAUUCAUACCGAUAAAAUUUAAAAGAAUCCUUUUGUAAUAAUAGCGCGCGAUCGAUUAAAUUCUCCAGUAAGAAUUGACUCGUAAAUAUGAUUUCAUAAAAGUUUCCUGAGAUGUCUUUGAAAUCGUUCGUCUUGAUAAGCUGACGAAAGCGAAGAAGAUGAUGAUCAGGUUUCUUAAGAUAUCUACUUUGUGUAGCAGUUUUUCGUAACUGUUCCUCAUUGAUGUUUUAUACAAGACUAUUAUAAAAAAUUAUAUAUUAAUUUCCCUUUUCUUGAUGCAGUAAAACUCCAGACACAAUAUACAUAUACGAACGUUCCAACUCUCCAGUUUUACUAGAGCAUAACCCAAUAUAUAUAUAAUAUCGAGUCAAAAAACCUAGAAUUAAUUUGAUUGUAACUUUAUAUAUAAUAUCGAGUCAAAAAAAACCUAGAAUUAACUGGAUUGUAACGUUAUACAUAAUAUCGAGUCGAAAAACCUAGAAUUAACUGGAUUGUAACUUUAUAUAUAAUAACGAGUCAAAAAAAACCAUACACGAUCGCUUUUUGUUAUUUGCGUUCGUUCGCCAACUGUCAAAUAAUUACCUGUCUCACAUUUAUAGUUUUUCCUUGUCAUUUGCAAGUAUAUUACUCUUGGAUGCUGUCUGGUUGUUCAGUUUAGCUGUUAAAAAGAAAAAAAAAAAAGGGGGCGAAAUGCCGUUCACAUACAAACGGUACAUCAUUACCUGUAUGUUACUUGUAUCAGUAACUUCUCAUACUACGGCCUGUACCGGCAACAUCUGGUGUUGCAGGCUGACCUGGCGACAUCUCAUGUUGCAUGGUGACCUGGCGACAUCUUAAGUUGCAGGCUGGCCUGGCGACAUCUCAUGUUGCAGGUUGACCUGGCGACAUCUCAUGUUGCAUGGUGACCUGGCAUCAUCUCAUGUUGCAGGCUGACCUGGCGACAUCUCAUGUUGCAGGCUGACCUGGCGACAUCUCAUGUUGCAGGCUGACCUGGCGACAUCUCAUGUUGCAGGCUGACCUGGCGACAUCUCAUGUUGCAGGCUGACCUGGCGACAUCUCAUGUUGCAUGGUGACCUGGCGACAUCUCAUGUUGCAUGGUGCCCUGGCAUUAUCUGAUGUUGCAGGCUGACCUGGUGACAUCUCAUGUUGCAGGCUGACCUGGCAUCAUCAUGUUGCAGCCUGACCUGGUGACAUCUGAUGUUAACCUACUGGCGACUUCUAAUGGUUGCUCUGUGGCCUCCAUCGAGUAACGCAGCUUUCGCUCAUUACUCGAGGAAGUAAAUACAUAUAUAUACACACCUACAAGCAAAGGGGGAAAUGAUUCAGGAACUUUCACUUGUUGCUUUCACCCUUACUUUCACCCUUACGAGAACAAACCAAAAAAAAAAAACUAUACAGGAAAACUGUAUAACAUUGAAGCCUUGCGUUUUUAUCUGAGGAAAUUUUUAAUAUCGGAUCAUUUCCUGUCGUUGGUUUUACUGCAAAAUCAUGUGAGAGAUUCAUCAGAAUUUGUCGGGUUUUUUUAUUUGUUUAAUUUUGUAUUUUGUUUUUACACUUUUCCCAUUUGCCAAAGAAUGACAACGAAUAGACACUUACUAUGAAGAACCUUGAUGCUUCCAUUAUUCAAAGAUCUUUUCGAAUAUUUUGAAACAAGUUCUCUAUGUUUUCAAGUUCAUGAUGUAACACGAAAUAUGAUUUAAAAUAUAUAUAUAUAUAGUAAAUAUAUAAUCUCUUAACAAAUUUUGAAGAAUCUCAGUGUGUCAAUGAAAAUUUGAUAUAGUCAAAGGUUCGUUUAUCAACGUAUUGUGUUGUAUUUUAUUGUAUUCAUUGAUGUAUCGGUCGCCUGGACCCAAGUGCUGUAUGAAUUAUCGCCUUAUAUUUCUUUAGUUGUCAUCAUGUAUUUAUUUAUUUAUUUAUUUUUGUUGACACGUAGAAUUACGUUGCAAUCUCCUUAUCAGGUCUUGAUGUUCCGAAGCAUUGACACUUCAACUUUUAAAAAGCAAGAAAUGAUAAAAAAAAAAAAGUUGUUGAUAUCUUUUCCUCAUUUGUAGGAUUUCUCGUCGACCUGACUGACACGUUCUGAACAUGUUUGAGAUGAUAAAAAACAGAAAAAAUAAUUAUCCUUUUCGUGUGAAAAGUUGUAAAUAGGCAUUUGAUGUAUAGAACAGCUUAAGAUUCGUCAUGUUAUUAUUCAUAGCCGAAGAUUUUCCUCGUCUUUCCUUAAUUCUCGAUUUUCAAACAAAACAAAACAUAAAAAAUUUGAAACAGUUCCGUUAUUUUCUAUCGCCAAACCUCACCAAGGUAUUGUGAAUGUAUUUUUUAAAAACCUGAGAGCUUUCUUCGGUAAGUCUUCGUUUUCCGUAUGAUAAUAAAAACAAUAAACUCGCCUGUUUCAUGGGAUACUGUUCUAUAGUUGUUUAAAGGCAUGCCAAAAUUGGUCUGUAACCGCUUCGAGAAAGUCUGUGGGUAUACGUACAUGAAUGCUUUCGCUCCAUGAUCUAAUUCCUUAUAAGACGGCAAACUAUUUUGCCUUAUUCAGAGAACGUUAAAAGAUCAGUCACUUUCAGAAUCAGCUUUUCAUGACAAAACAAGAGCAUUCUCUGUCCCUCCACCCACAAGGUUUUCGUGCAGUGGACAUAUCUCUUAACCUGUAGCCAAAGUCUGAACGAAGUUUGGCAUCGCUCUGUAGAACAGAGUCACCGUAGAAGGGUGUUUGUGAGUGGCCGUUCCGUUGUAUUACUCUGCGUCAUUUUUUUUAUUAUUUUAUAUACAUGCCAUUGUAUAACUACAUGAUAACUGAUACGAUAAAUAAUAAUAAUUAUUGUGAUGCUAAUAACGAACGGAUUAUUGUUAUUAAUCAAUCUACGUUUUGUACUUCAUUUGAAGUCACUUGGGGCUCUGAUGUAAAUACAAUGAGAUGGAACUUUGGCUUGAAUGGACGGGGGGAAGGUCUGUCUAUACGGAAGGCUAGCAUCGAAAAACCAAAAUCAUUUUUAUCGAGUGUAAAACUGGAUAUAAAAAUCCAAGAGCUUAAGGGUUAAUUCAACAUUAAUGGAAACAUUAUUUUCUGAAGAUCCGCCAGUGUCUGACAUUAUCUUGCGUGAAAUGUUUACAGGGAUACAAAAAUAUUUAAAAAGUUGGCAGUGUGAUGAGUUUAAAGGAUCUGAAAAUAUUUAAAAAGCUGAUAUUUAAAGAUGAUGGGAGGGUUUAGUAAUUUUUCAAUUGUUAAUUUUUACAUUUGAAAGAAGAAUAAAUAAAAAUAAACGCCAGAUUUUCACUUGAUGUAGUGGACAUACGUUAAAAAAAAAUUUUUUUGUUUCGAAGUCCUCUUAAAAACCUUUUGUUGCGUAGGACUUGUGAUUGGCAUCAGAACUGGGUCUGGACUAUGGCAAAAGUUUUCAUUUUUUUUUUUUUUUUUUUUUUAAGGCAGUUGGUCAUUUUGGGAUACUAAAAAAUAAUUUAAAAGUUGGUUGCUUGUAAGUAUGGAAAAGAGAAGACCUAUAAAUUUGAUUUAAUAAGAAUUUUUAAUUCUGAAAGCUUCAAAAGGUGUUUUUUUUUUUUAUUUUUUUUUUUUUUCAAUUUUGAGACGAGGUUUUUCGAUGUUAUGCCGGAAUGUAUAAAUUUACCCUUAUGGCGGCUCGCUUUUGUAUUAUUUUUUUUUUUAUUUUCCUCACCUUAAACGACAGAGGAAUAGAAAAAAAAUGAAAGCGAGAGCAAGAGAGAGAGAGAGAGAGAAAGAUUGGGGGAACAUGGUCGGUUGGAAUUUCUAAUUCACAAAUCUUAUAUAAAUAUUUCUGGUAUACAGUAUCUUCAACAUCAAAAUAAAUACACAGUAAAAGAU